CGCUAGACACGUCACUCGGCAGCCUUGGAGCGGAAGUGACGCCACGGGAGCGUGUGACCAAUCGCGUGAGGCGGUGCGAGCUGUGCGAGCCGGGCGGGCGGUCGGUUGGCUCAGCAUGUCAGUGAGCAGGAGGAUGCCGCGCUGGCCGGCCGGUCACUGAGGGCCAUGUCUGUGCUGUACGCGCUGGCCUGGCGCCUCCUGCAGGCGGUGCUCUAUACCCACCGCGCCCUGCUGCUCGUCCUGCUCCGCUGCUGGAACUGGAGGCUGUGGCGGGCGGCUGCCGCGCUCCUCGUACCGGCUGACCUCGCUCUCUGGUACCGGCGGGGAGGGCGGCGAGACUGCGUCCGACGGUGCGACCAUCCCCGGCACUGCCGCUGCUCGGAGCCCGGCCAGCCGUGUGAGUGCCAGUACCUGCAGUGCGAGCGGCCAUUCACUGAGCGCGGCAGGAGCGACGUGUCCGGCCUGGCCAAGCUCCCCGUGCACAUGGCGCUGCUCAUCAGCGAGGAACACGAGAGCUACACGGACGUGGCCAACCUGGUGGUGUGGUGCAUGGCGGUGGGCAUCUCCUAUGUCAGUGUGUACGAUCACCAAGGUAACCAUAGCAACCCAGGGUAAGGUCAUGGGGCCCGUGACUGAUCGCUGGCAG